AUGGAAAUAUUACCUAAUGAAAUUCUUCUUCAUAUAUUUUCUUAUCUUGAAUGGUUCGAUAUGUUAACAUCUUUCUGGUCAUUAAAUAUUCGCUUCAAUUCUCUUGUAUGUUCAAUUUUUUCGAUAAAUGACAAUAGAUUGAACAGUGGUCUGCUUAUUACGCAUGGUUUAUCUUAUAAUAAAUGUUGUUCAAUAUUAUUUCCAUUGAUUUUAAAUUCAUCACCUCUUUCUUCUUCUAUUCAACGUAUUCAUUUUGAUGGAUCAAAUUCAAUUGCUUCUGAUCUUUGUUAUGAAUGGUUAUUUAAUGAUAAAAAAUUACUUUGUUUUCCAAAUCUUAAAUCACUUGUUCUUGGUCAAUGUGGAUCAAUUAAACCAAUAGUUCAAAGUUUAUCUUAUCUUGUUCAAAAUCAAUUAGAUGAACUUACAUUAACAUUUAAUAAGCAUAUACCAAAACUACGAUGUUUUAGUUUAAAAACUUUCAUUAACAAUGAUUCGAAUAUUAUUUAUUUGAAAUGGCUUCUUAAUAAUAUAAACUAUGUUGAGAAACUUCAACUUCAACUUAGAAGUGAUAAACUAAUUGAAACAAGCCGUCAAAAUAUAUUAAAAUCUUUUAUUGAUGCAAGUUUUAUUCGCCAAUAUUGUUUACCUGAUACAAUAUCAAAUUUAAUUUAUUUUGAUUUUUAUAUUUGUUCAGAAUGUCAAUUAUCAUUUAAUGAUGUAGAAAAAAUAACAAAUUCAUUUAAAAUUCAUUCUUUUUUUAUCGAUCAUCAAUGGACAAAUGUUAAAUGUUUAUUUGAUCCAAUAAUGUCAUGUCAACAUCUUUUCUCUUCUCUCAAUAAUACAUCUCAAAUUUCCGAUAAUUUUAUGUAA